CACUACAACUAUAUAUAUGCCCGUUGUUGUGGCUUAUAAUUACCUUAUUACAUCUUCUUCAUAUUGCUAUAGUUAUUCUUUUCCGCUGAAAGGCGUGUAAUCUUUCAAUCAUGGAUCCAUCCCACCGGGAUGAUGCAGAUGAGAAUGACCUCAGUCUGCAACUAACCAAGACCCAGACUGCUUCCAGUGUGGUCACCAACGAGCAACGUCGUGCUCUCACCAAUAUCGCUUCCGAGUUACAUACCGAGUCGCUGGCCGCUGUCAUCACCAACGAGAAAGCUCUAGACCCAAGCCACCCCCAGUUUGAUCCUUAUCAAUGGGCCAAGGUCACCAUCCGGGCCUUGGACGCCGAAGAUAUCGAUGCCCGUCAACAAGGUAUCCUAUUCGAGGAUCUGUCGGUUCAUGGAUCCGGCUCCUCGCUUCAUCUGCAGCAGACGGUGCUGUCGACUCUCAUGAGCCCCUUCAAACUGGCUACUUCGGCAUUCCGCAGCAAGAAAAGCACACGUCGCACGAUUCUACACAGUCAUGAUGGUCUUUUGGAGAGUAGAGAACUAUUGCUUGUCUUGGGUAGACCUGGUAGUGGUUGCUCUACCUUUCUCAAAACCAUUAGUGGACACCUCCACGGACUGGAUCUGGACCCUCAAAGCAAUGUGCAGUACAAAGGUAUCGCAUUCAACCAGAUGAUCAAGGAAUACCGCGGUGAAGUUCUAUACAACCAGGAAGUCGACAAACACUUCCCUCAUCUGACCGUUGGCGAGACCCUCGAGUUCGCUGCUCACGCACGAGCACCACACAACCGGAUCGGUGGUAUGAGUCGGGCAGAGUACGUCAAGACGAGGGUCCAGGUGAUCAUGGCAUUCUUCGGUCUCUCGCAUACGUACAACACAAAAGUGGGCAACGAUUUCAUCCGUGGUGUUAGUGGUGGUGAACGAAAGCGCGUGAGUAUUGCCGAGAUGGCUCUAUCGCGUGCUCCUAUUGGUGCCUGGGAUAACAGCACACGCGGCCUCGACGCUGCCAUGGCCCUCGAAUUCGUUCAAGCUCUUCGUCUUUCCUCUGAUCUCGUCGGCUCCUGCCAUGCUGUUGCUGCGUACCAGACAUCCGAGUCUAUGUACCAGCUGUUCGACCAGGUGGUGGUGCUGUAUGAAGGUAGACAGAUCUACUAUGGCCCGCAGCAGGAGGCAGCCCAAUACUUUGAGGAAAUGGGCUGGGAGCGACCACUGAAACAGAUCACCCCUGACUUCUUGACGUCCAUCACCAACCCUCGGGAGAGAAUCGCUCGGAAAGACAUGGCAGACAGAGUUCCCCGGACACCAGCCGAAUUCGAAGCUUACUGGAAGAACAGCCCACAAUACCAAGCUCUCAAAGCCAAGAUGCACAGCUAUAAAGCGAGAUAUGCGCCGGGCGUCCAGCUCGAGAAGCGAUUUGGCGAAAGCAAGCAGGCGCAGCAAGCGAAACACGUUCGUCCGAAGAGUCCUUAUCUCCUCUCAAUUCCCAUGCAGAUCCGGAUUUGCCUCCGACGAGCAUAUCAAAGAACACGAAAUGACCUUCCCACUACCUUGAUUACCGUUUUCGUUCAAAUCGCACUCUCGUUGAUUAUCGGUUCAAUUUUCUACAACACACCCGCCGCAACGGCUGGCUUCUUCCAAAGGGGUGCUACCCUCUACUUUUCGGUCCUGAUGAACGCUUUGAUUACUAUUAACGAGAUUAUGUCCCUUUACGCCCAACGUCCUGUUGUCGAAAAGCAGGCCGGGUACGCAUUCGUGCAUCCGUUUGCCGAAGCUCUUGCGUCAAUCAUCCUCGAUUUUCCCAUCAAGCUCUUCAGAUGUAUCUGCUUCAGUAUUAUCCUCUACUUUAUGGCCAACUUACGUCGCGAACCUUCUCAAUUCUUCAUCUACAUCUUAUUCCUGAUUACUACGGUUGUCACGAUGUCCGGUGUCUUCCGAAGCUUGGGUUCUGCCACCAAGAGUAUUGGACAAGCUAUGGCGCUGGCAGGUAUCUGCGUCAUCUGCAUGGUUGUGUACACGGGCUUUACCCUGCCUCAGCCGUACAUGCAUCCGUGGUUCAGCUGGAUCAGAUGGAUCAACCCUAUCUUUUACUCGUUCGAAGGCUUGGUUGCAAACGAAUUCCAUGGACGGAACUUUGAAUGCUCGGAGUUCAUUCCCAACUAUGCCAGUCUUAGUGGAGACUCCUUCAUCUGCUCUGCGGUUGGUGCUGUCGCCGGAGCACGAACUGUCUCGGGAGACCAGUUCAUUUCCUUGAACUAUGAAUACUCUUAUUCACACAUCUGGCGGAAUUACGGAAUUUUGAUUGCAUUUUUGGUGUUCUUCAAUGCGCUUUACCUGACCAUUACCGAGCUUUCUCCCGGAGCGAAGCCCACUGCUGAGGCACUGGUCUUUCGUCCUGGACAUGUGCCCGCCAAUCUUCAGAAUGAUGAAGAAACUGGAGUGGAUUCUGUGCAAGCUGUCACUGAAGGUGCUGGAGAGUCUGAUCUCGGAGCUGCCGAAAUUCCGGAACAAAAGGAAAUCUUCACCUGGAAAAACCUGUCGUACGAUAUCCCCGUGAAGGAGGGAACCCGGAGGCUUCUCGAUGAAGUGAGUGGAUUUGUUAAGCCGGGAACUUUGACGGCUCUUAUGGGAGUCAGUGGUGCUGGUAAAACUACUCUACUCGACGUCUUGGCGCAGAGAGCUUCACUCGGAGUCAUCACCGGUGAGCUCUUUGUUAAUGGCAAAGACCUGAACGCAAGUUUCCCGCGCAAGGUUGGUUACGUUCAACAACAAGAUAUGCAUUUGGCCCAAUCGACAGUCCGUGAAGCACUUCGCUUCAGUGCGGUUCUUCGCCAGCCCAAGACCGUUUCCCUCCAGGAGAAAUACGCCUACGUGGAAGAAGUGAUCAAGAUGCUGGAUAUGGAAGACUUUGCCGAAGCUGUGGUCGGAAACCCCGGUAAUGGCCUCAACGUGUGCCAGAGAAAGCUUCUCAGUAUUGGUGUUGAGUUAGCAGCCAAGCCGGAAUUGCUGAUCUUCUUGGAUGAGCCUACUUCUGGUCUCGACUCUCAGAGUGCCUGGGCUAUUUGUACCUUCAUGAGGAAGCUUGCGCACCACGGACAGGCUGUGUUGGCUACGAUCCAUCAGCCUAGUGCUCUGCUCUUUGAGCACUUUGACCGACUGUUGUUCCUUGCCAAGGGUGGAAAGACGGUGUAUUUUGGCGAUAUUGGCCAGCAAUCUCAGACGUUGUUGAACUAUUUCCAAAGCAAUGGCGCCCGUCGUUGUGAAGAGACUGAAAACCCCGCUGAAUACAUGCUGGACAUCAUCGGCGCCGGUGCGUCUGGAAAGUCAACCAUUGACUGGGUCCAGACCUGGAAUAACAGUCCCGAACGCAAAGAACUCCACGAUGAACUGGACCGCAUCUGCCAAAAGGGCGCAUCGCUACCUUCGCGCGACGAAACCAUCGCUGAGUUUGCCAUGCCUCUGUCCAGCCAGUUUUACUACGUGACACAACGUGUGUUCCAGCAGUACUACCGACAACCCGAAUACGUUCUCGCCAAAUUCGUUCUCGGAAUUGUGUCCGGUCUCUUCAUCGGCUUUUCCUUCUGGCAGUCCGACAACUCCCAGCAAGGGUUCCAGAAUGUUCUUUUCAGUUUGUUCCUGCUGUGUACCAUCUUUACCACCUUGGUUAACCAAAUCAUGCCCCACUUCGUCGCCAACCGCGCCCUCUACGAAGUCCGCGAAAGACCAUCAAAGGUCUACUCCUGGAAGAUCUUCAUCAUCGCUCAAUUCCUCGCCGAAAUCCCAUGGCACAUCGUUCUCGCCGUCUGCGCCUGGGCAUCCUUCUACUUUGCGGUCUUCGGCGCCGACCAAUCCUCCGACCGCAUGGGUCUGAUCCUGCUCUUCGUCAUCCAAUUCUACAUCUUCGCCUCCAGUUUCGCCCAAUUUAUCAUCAGCGCCCUCCCCGACCCCGCACUGGGAGGCAUGCUCGCCGUCUUCAUGUUCGGUCUCUCCCUCAUUUUCAACGGUGUCAUGCAGCCCCCGUCUGCUUUGCCCGGCUUCUGGAUCUUCAUGUGGCGCGUCUCUCCCCUGUCGUACUACAUCGCCGGUAUCGCCGGUACCGCCCUGCACGGCCGUCCGAUCAUCUGCUCCGAUAGCGAGCUCAGCGUAUUCAAUCCCCCGUCUGGUCAGACCUGCGGUGAAUAUCUCGCUGAUUACCUCACUACUGCCACGGGCAGAUUGUAUAAUGAGAAUGCGACUGAGAGCUGCGAGUAUUGCUCGCUUCGUUCGGCUGAUCAGUAUCUGGCCGGUCGGGAGAUUAGCUGGGAUGAUCGCUGGAGAGAUUAUGGUAUCUUCUGGGCUUACUUUGUCUUCAACAUCUGUGCGGCCAUUGUGUUCUAUUAUGUAUUCCGUGUGAGGCCGUAUAACAAGAAGACGAAGGCGAAGAGGGCGUGAGAUGUUGGUGGUGGUAUAAUGUGG